AUCCUGAACAUAUAAACGAGCAAAACAAAUUGACACGAGAAGUGAUUCCAGUUUUAAAUUUACAAUUCGAAGGUUUCACGGAUUAUUGGCAAUACCUAGAGGAGUUAGUGGGUUCAGAGCCAAUGAGCCAGCUGAUUGAUGAUGACAUGCUGCUGUAUGGCUCCAAGCCACACCACAGUCAUGCUGCACAAGACACAUUAACGGAAAAAACAAACGAAGUACUGGAGGAGUUAAAAUGCAAUCUGUGUGACAAUAUAAUAAAAGCGCCGAAGGACGAGAUCGAAGACGGACCAAAGCCCAAACAUGAAGAGGGCGACCCUCUUUUGGCCAACUUUAACCCUGCGGGAACUACAUCACAGUUAUUAACUGUGCACGAGUGCUUGGACACAGGAGCGACGGAAUCCGAAGAAGGCGAACCUCCCCAGAAGAGACCUGCAUUCUCUCCAUUCGAGCCCCUUCAAACACCGACUACCUUCACACUUGAAACUACACAAGCUUCCUCAGCUAAAGAGAAUCAGAUUUUACUUCAAAUAAAGCCCCAUAAAAGCAGAAAUAAACGAAAGUUAUAUAUACCAGUACCAAAUAGACCUAAACAAAUGCACGUACAAACGCAUGUACAAACGUCUACACGACCCAUCAUACUGAGACGUACACCAAAAGAUAAAUCUUUACCAUUAAAUAGAUCAACACAGCAAGGUCACAGUUCUGAGACUCUUGUGAGCACCCAGAUACUCGCUGAAAAACGGAUAUGUAAUUUAAUAGUCAAAAACAGUAAAACAUCAAUCAGACCUAGUAAUAUAAUAGUCCAAAACAAUAGGACGCCAAUUAUACCAAGUCAUGUAAUCGUUCAAGACAAUAGGACGCCAAUUACACCAAGUCAUGUAAUCAUUCAAGACAAUCGGAGGCCGAUUACGCCUGGUAAUAAUCGUCCAAGACGAUAGGAUGCCAAUUAAACCAAGACUAUAGUUGUCCCAAAAUCAGUUCAAUCAGUCAUAAUACAAACCAAAUCAGAGCGCUUGCGAACAACGACACUGAAUCCAAAAUUAAGAAUAGAAAAGCUUAUUGUACAUACAUUCAAUAAAUAUAAAAGUGGUAGACGGACACAUAGUUGACAAUAAUAACUUCGUAUGUUUCUCACAAUCAAUUGGGAAAUGGGACUGCAGAAUAAGUUCAAAAAUUGUCCAUAGUCUCCAUGAAGCAUCUACAUGCAGAGAUCUACAAGAUUUUGUUAGUACUAGCGGAAGGAGGCUUCGAUUAGUUUUGCUAAUUGGCCAUAAAAGCGCCACUUUGACAGUUGCCAACUUCACUAGAACACAACAAGGUUCGUCUCGGUAUUCUUUGGGUUCAAUUUGCAAUUAGUAUAGUGUGAAAAUAGAUUGAUGUAAGGUAUAUAAAAUAAGCAUUCUAUGAAAUGUUGAUGCGUAUGAAAGAAUAAAGCACACAGGCUAUCUUAAUACGGGAUAUUUUGAUUUGUACCAACUAUCAACUUCAAUGCUGUGCCAAUGCCAACGAUCGAGGAUACUUCAAAAUGAUCAUAUCAUAUCAAGAAUUGUUGCGUAACACACAACUAGGGUUUCAAAUAAAUAAUUAACUUAAGCACAUGUGUUAUGGAAAUCGGAAACAACGACUGUAUGUAGGUACAUACUUCAAACACCCAGACCCGAGACUAGUUACAAUUUGAAUAGUCUGAACAAAACGCCUGACAUGUGCAAGAAAAUCCAGAUUUUUUACUAACAAAAUAAAAUCUAAAAUCUGUCUCACGCGGCAGAGAUGGACAAGCAGGCCCAGGCAACAAAAUUUUUAUCGCAAAUCGAGUUUGUAUAUUUUGUAGUUUUUAUUCCGAGAAUUGUAACCUUAAGCCGUAAAAUCCCGACAAAUCCGGACGGAUGGUAACCCUAGACACAACC